CGUAACUUGUCUCUGUACCGCGACCAUCCCCGCGUUAGCUAUUGAAUACACGAGGGUUCGAGCCACUCCCGCUCGAACCACUUCCACCAUGUUAUGUUUCCCUGCCAGCCUCUUUUCCCAACAAUUACAACUCUCGACGGAGCAUUAUCAAGCCAACACCAUGGACAUACAGCUACCCCCCGAGCUUGUAGACAUUAUCAUCACAGAAUUCUGGUACUCUGAACAUUCUUCAAGCGACCGGAUAACCUUCAUGACAGCCUGCCCUCUCAUCAACAGCGUCUGGAGGGACGUCUACGCACGCAUUACUUCUCGAGACAUCUACAUCCCAAAGGUCGCAUACCUACUUUAUCUUAGCUCUAUCAUUUGCUACGAUUCUGAUUCCCCAAUUUACGGUCACUUGCCUUGCGACUCCCCACACACCAUAACCUGCUAUGUUGACCUCACACAUUCGACGGACGACGCUGCCAAGGACCCCUAUUCAGUUCUCUGCAGCUUGCCCAAUUACCUCGGUUUUCGCAGAAGCUUUCCCAACAUCGAGCGAAUUAAUCUCGAAAUGAAGUUUUGUCACGGAUGGUAUCAGGGCUGGUCGCAUAGUCGCCAACUGUUCCGAACUCGAGUAUCUAUACAGCUCAAUGAGGCGACAUCGCAAUUGAGUGCGCUACCUGUGGAGUGGAGCAUUGCUGUCUAUUGCCCACCUGAUGUCAAACACGAUGAAUACAUGCCUCUCAGCACUCAGUCAUUUCAGCGUCACAUCCUCGAAGGAAUUGCCAUUGACAUGGUCCAGUGUUGCCACUCCUUGGUAGGAGGGGUAGGGCCUGCGAUGAAAGGGUCGACAUAUCAUCAUGGUGCACAACAUUUUCAUAAUCAAAUUUGCAUCGAGGAGAAAAGAGGUGAUGUACGGUCGAUCAAUUUCGAGCUUGGGAAGGCUCUUACUACACCUUUGGGCUGGAGUGAGUCCCCGCCUUUUAUAAGUCUGUUGCUUAAACGAGUACUGCUAAAGCUGGUUUCAAAGAUUUCUUUUUCGAAAUUUACGACACCAUGAAGUUCAUUCAUACCGUUUGUAGUCGUGACGCGGUUGAAUCUCAUUCCUGGAAUCACGUCCUAGCAUAAGCUGGUUGUCCGUAGCCCUUGCUAUGUAUCUCUCUCACUGCCCUAGGUAGAAAUCUUCUCUGCGAGAAGUUGAUCAAAGAACAACAGUACAGCGAAGAUGAAAAUAUAUGUGAUUUGUGGUUCGGGGAAUGGCCGGCCAGUUAAUG